AUGUCAAUCUAUUCACUUUCUCAGGUCUACGAUUGGGAGUUUGACUCGGAAUUUGACUCCAUUGCAGUUGGAAAGAAGUAUGUUUGGGGAACAUUGAAGAAUAAAUCCUUGAUUUUAAUUGACAAAAGCAAUUAUAAAAAAUUUACAAUUAUCCCAUUAUUACAUAAAUCACAAACACUUCCACGAUUGAUAUUAGAUAGCUCUGGUGAUAACUGUGCAAUUUUAUAUCAAAAUGGCGAUGUUUUUCAUGCGUCAAGUCAAUUUACCACAUUUACUGAAUUAAAAUAUCCCAGAAGUUCUAUAGCUACAUGUGGAACAUGGGUAGAACAAACUAACAAGACAAGUUUAAUUCUUUGCACUCAAAGAGGAGAAGUUUUACAAAUUUUCUUGAAAUCAAUGAAUAGAUGCCAGUUCAUAUAUGCGUUACCUAAACCAGAAGAAAUCUAUUCGAUAUCCAUACAAACAGAGCCACAAGUUUUCAUUUUUCUCAAAUUGAAAGAUCGAAUCAUUUAUUUUCACGGUACGGACUCAUUAGAAUUUGUAUUUGCGUCAGGCGCAGCUAACCACAACUUCAUGCUGCCUCCAAAUACUCCUACAAUCAGUAAUUCUCUACUUACAACUUCUGAAGGCACAGAAUACUGUAGAUUGGUCACACCGUUCGCCAAUGGUAUUAUGAUCUUCGAAGCUGUAGGUUCUGAGAAUAAAACUGUCACUUUUUCGCAAAAUUUCAUUGGAUCGAAUUCAUCUGAGCGAAUUACAGGAUUAGAGAUUCUCCAGUGGGGCGUCUUGGUUUGUUAUAAGAGUAACAUCACUUUUUAUUCAUUCCAAGGCGGUCAAUGCCAAAUUAAUUUUCCUGAUACUUUUUAUUUGAAAUACGAAGACAAAGAGAUCCUUAUUUCCAAUGGAAUACAAAUAUGUGUGAUAUCUCUUAAUAAUUUUAGAGAACAUAUCGCAAGCGAAGCAAUAGAAAAAGGAAAUUACGUAUUAGCUGAAUAUAUUGGCCAAGGAGUGGUUGACGUUGAUACAUUAUUGUUCAGAAAAAUCCUUACAAUGGACCCUGAUGAAGGAGCAAAGGUAAUUAUGAGCAAAAACUGGAAUUUGGAAAAUAUUCUUUUGAAAUUGAAAGAAAAACCACUUUUAGCCAUUUCUGUUUUGAAAUUAUACGUAGAAAAAAUUCCUAGACACCUCUCCAAGCAAAGAACCCUUGUUCUUCAUCUUAUAUUAUCUUAUUAUUGUUUUUUGUAUCCGAAUUCGAAAGAUGACAUGGUAGAGUUCAUUGUCAAGUACAAGAGAUACAUGAUGUUCAAUCAGACCCUCAAACAACUCCAAGAAUUCGAGAUUUCGGAAGGAAUUGUCGCAUUAUGCGAUCCGAAGUCCGAAAAAGAAUCUCUAUUGGAGUUAUACAUAUCUAGAAGGGAUAUCUCGAAGAUUUUCGAAAUAAUCAAUCGAGAAUACGAUGAAAAUUUUGUUUUGAAAAUUUUAUUGCGAAUUUUGCCUUUCGCUGACCAAGAGAUUGCCAAAUUCUUGUCUGCGAACACUGUUAUAAGGAGCGCGUCUCUGAUUCCCCUUUUAUCAAUAAAUCCGGAGUUUGCGACAAAAUCAAUAAAAUCAGAUUUUCCAAAUAUAGAUACGGACAAUCUGUUGUAUCUAUCAUACGCAAAGCUUGGCCAAGAUGGUAAAAUUGUCCGCAAAAUGACAAGAGGAUACCCUGAUUCUGCAUUUUUACUAAGAACGUGCAAAAAGUACGGAAUGACUGAAUCUGUGUCGAGAUUAUGGCUGGAUAUGGGUAAAAUAGAAAGGGCUAUUGAUGUUUCUUUCUCAAAAGGCAAAAAAUUCGCAAUUAAUAUUGCAAAUGGAUUAUUUAACCAAGAAGAGAAGCAGAGAACAUGGAAAAGGAUACUACAGCUUGCAAAUGAGGAAGAUAAGAUAGAAAUGGUCAAUAAAAUCCUCGAAGAAAACAUUUUUUCGUUUGAAGAUAUUAUUGAGUACGUAAAUGGUUCAGAACUAACUGCAACGUACACGGAUAUGAUAUUAAAGGCAAGCGAAGACAUUCAGAAGGAAUCCGAGCCAGUUUCGUUUGAGAAAUUUGAUGAAUCUCCAAAACAUAGGAAUAUUUCAAUAACUUUCAACACAGAAUGUUGUUUAUGUGGUCAGAAACUUGUUGGAACACAGUUUGUCUGCUACCAAUGUGGCCAUUUCUGUCAUUCUGAUUGUGUCAAAGAAUUUAUCGACCAUUUCACGGAAACAGGAGCAAUUCUUGACUCAUCGGAUAUCUCUGUAACUGAUUCAUGUCCUGUAUGUGGAUUCCUCUCAAUUUCUUCAAUUAUGGAACCAUAUUAA